AUGGAUUCGCAGAAACGCCACCUUGAUGAAGUGACAGGAGAGUAUGUCUCGAAGAACGAGCUGAAGCGACGACAGAAGCUUCGCGAAAAAGAGACCAAGGGCCCUGCGCCUCCCGCUAAGGCCGCGGGAUCGGGAUCAGAGCCAGUGGAAGGUGCACCUGAGGAGAUAGAUCCCACAAAGUAUUUUGAGAACAGAAAGAAUGAGCUUCUUGCACUUCAAAAGUCCGGGAGAUUGAAUCCGUGGCCUCACAAGUUCGUCGUCGAGAUGACCCUUGCUGAGUUCCGCAGGCGUUAUGAGGGGAAGUGCAGUUUAGGAGAAAUGGCUGAGGAGCAGGUCUCUGUUGCCGGAAGGAUCCAUAGCAUCCGGACAUCUGGCGCAAAACUCGUAUUCUACACUAUCCACGGAGAUAAUGACAGGCUCCAGAUCUUUGCUCAUGUCCCGAAAGAGGACUCUCGUGUCAAGUUGGAAUUCGACUGGGACACUAUUGUCUCUACUCUCCAUAGAGGCGACAUCGUGGGCGUGAAGGGGUAUCCCACGACUACCAAGAGUGGGGAGCUGUCUAUAAUCCCCGUGCAACUGGUUCUUCUCAGUCCGUGCUUACAUAUGAUACCGAACAGCCCGUCGGCUCUUACAGACAUCAAUGCUCGCUUCAGACAGAGGUACCUGGACUUCAUAAUCAAUAAUACUGGGCAGAAGAUAGUACAAAGGUCGGGCAUAAUUAACUUUAUCAGGCGUUUUAUGAUUGAUCAGAGGAAUUACCUUGAAGUGGAGACUCCGAUGCUGCAGACGGUCCACGGCGGAGCAGCAGCCCAGCCCUUCGUGUGCAAGUCCAACGACCUUGGCCAUGAUGUCUACUUGCGCAUUGCUCCCGAGCUGUUCCUCAAGCGCUUAGUCGUUGGAGGGCUUAAUAGGGUUUUUGAGAUAAACAAGAACUUCCGCAACGAGAGUUCUGAUCAGACGCACUCCCCAGAGUUUACCAUGAUGGAAGCAUAUUCCGCGUAUGAUGAUCUGGAAGAUAUGUGUGACCUCAUUGAGGGCCUUGUUUCGAGAUUGGUCAGGUGGUACAAUAUCACCUACAACCAUGUGCGCUUGCCAGACGAGAAGAAGCACUACAAGCUCACAUUUGUUUCGCACAAGGGAGAGACUUACGACAUAGAUUUCAGUAGACCCUGGAGGCGUGUUCCUAUCAUUGAGACUCUUGAGCAGCUGCUGAGCAUUAAGUUUCCACGGCCUUUGGAUGGUGAAGAAUGCAAUGGGUUCCUUGUUUCCUUACUGGAGCGUCUGGAUUUGGAAUGCAAGCCUCCUCUGACAACUGCCCGGAUGCUUGACAAGUUGGUGGAGCGCUACCUUGAAACGCUCACGCCGAACCCAAUAUUCUUAAUGUACCAUCCUGUCCUCAUGUCGCCCUUGGCCAAGCCACAUCGUUCUAUCCCAGAACUUGCUGAACGCUUCGAGGUCUUCAUCAGCUGCUUUGAGGUCUCUAAUGCCUAUACAGAGCUGAAUAAUCCCAUUAUUCAGAGGGAGAAUUUCCAGGCUCAAAUACGAGACAAGGCUGCCGGGGAUAUGGACGCAAUGGAGUAUGACGAGGACUUCUGUAAGUGUCUCGAUUACGGUCUUCCUCCCACAGGUGGGAUAGGGAUAGGCAUAGAUCGCCUGGUUAUGCUGCUGACUAACAGUAGCACCAUCCGAGAAGUGAUUGCUUUUCCGCUCAUGGGGAGACUUGUCGAGUAA